AUGCCUCCUAAGUACCGUGGGCGAUUCGGCAGCGGCGCGACCGCCGGGGGGGCCAUAGGCAGCGCGAAUGCGGGACAGACGGGUGUGGAGCGGUUGGAGGAGGUGCUGGACGUGAACCUGCCGUUGCCGCAGGUGACGUCAGCACCGUUCGGGCGCAUCGGACCGGCCUUCGGAUAUGGCUUGGGAUGCGGCGCCGGCCUGGGGAUCGCUGAUACACCACUCGCUUCUUUGGCUGUAGGCCGCAUGGUACAUGACCUAUUCCACGACAUCAGAACCUUCUUUGGAUCGCUGACAGGGACAAGGCCACACUAA